GCGAACUCGACGCGCGCGACGCACGCACGCUCGCGCGCUCCGUUGUUACGCUAACCCGGGUUAUCCUCGUGUUGUGUUGUGUUGUGGUGUCGGAUUUCUUUGGAUAUUUUUUUCUAAUUUUUUUUUUGACACCAACCUUCGGAUCAACACCAUUUUACCACAAAAACGAUGGGCUAGCACCGCACCAUGCAGCUCUCAAGCAUGAACGAGAACCGCGAGCGGAUCAGACGCGAGCGAGAGAGGGAGAAGAACACAUAUACCUCUCCUCGUCUCGCCCUGCGUCGGGUGCUGCUGUUGGCUGAAGGGCGACAGUUCAGGGAAGCCGCUGCGGUGCUGUCGCGGCUCGGUCCAGGCGUGCUGCAGAGCGUGGCGGCUGAACUGCCCAUCGAUCUCAUGGUGGAGGCGCUGCCACAUUCAGCGCACUUGAUCGAGACGCUUCUGAACAGAUUAAUAUCGCUGGAGGUGUCGCCACGACCAGAAGUGCAAUGCGAAGCAGUCGCCUGGCGUCUGGUCGGGCUCCUCGGCAGCGACCAGGGGACUGGCCUGCGCGCCAGGACAGCCAGACUGGCGAGCGCCCUGGUGCACUAUACCCCGGAUACCAAGGAGGCUGUAGAUGCGAGGAGACGACAGCUGGAUGCCGCAGUCCAAGGGCUGGGCACGCACGGGCUGACGGCAGACUCCUCAGGCUCCCUCAUCUCCCUACACGUGGCCAUGAAGAACGAGCUCCAACGACAUGUGGACGUGUACAAACAGGCUAUACACAAGUUGGACGAGCUGUCGUCAGUGACGGUGAACCAAGACCCAGCGUCGUCAUCUCACCAACGCCUCCUGGCGCUGUCCCACGCAGACGUAGAGAGACGCCUCAUUGACAACAAGUCACUCCUUACCAUCGUGGACAAACCAGCUCUGAGACAACUGCCCAGCCUGGUGGACUCGCUGUCCGCAAGGGUGGAAAGUGACAAAGCUGUGUUGGCUUGCGUGGGCCAGAUCAAGAGGAGCGAUCCCGCAUUGGAUCUAAGCGAUACAAGGCCGGUAGCAGGCGUGCUGAUGAGCUACUCCCGCGGCUGUGCGGCCGUCCUGACCCAGAUGACCGAGAGCGAGGCCACUGGCCCCAGUCCAGUCGCCCCCCGGUCACCCACCGACUCGGCUAGCGAUGGCUACCAUUCUGACAGCGACGAUUCUCAUCAGCAUCCAGACAGGAGUAAACUGGUGUCCCAGUAUGCGGCGGUGUGGGCCCGCGCGGCCGACGAGGCGCUGCCAGCCCUGGCCGCCCUGGAGCCCCUGAGGCAGACCCCGCAUCUCAAGUACAAGAUCGUCUUCUCCAUAGUUGUUCUGUCGUUCCGCGCCGCUAUCAGUCUGCGCGACCGGCGACUGAGCGAGGUGAAGGCAUUGCUCGGAGCUGAUGACUCCAACACCAAUGAGCCGACUAUUGCCAGGCUGCUGACCGCUGCUACUAGAGUACUACACGAGACAGCACACAGCUUCCCUCUGGGGGAAGCCGAGAGGACUGUCAUCAACCAGGUGUUAAGCACUCUGCGUGAGUACCCGUGCCUGGGCGGGUGCGGGGCGCUGCACGCGCUGGUGGCGGCCGCCUGCCGCGCCGCCUGGACCAUCAGCCUCAACUCCCCGCCUCUCAGGAUAGACACAGACUUCACUCCAGUGGUGAUGAACCCCGAGAAGCACGUAAGGUUUACCGUGGGCGAGGCUCGGGAGAGGAGGUCGGACCUCAUCAAGAGCUUCGUGUGGCCAGCACUGAUGGACGGCAACCGCUGCGUCUUCAGAGCAGUAGUCUUGACAUAACUACAUCUAUACAAUAACUUGUCAACGUUAGUACAUAUAGAUUACAACCUGUAGUUGUUGUAAUCUAUAUGUUCCAGUUUUAUUUACAAUUCCUGUCAACUUAUUUUUUGUCAAACUCUUUAUUUGGGGUUGUGCGGUGGACAACAGCCUGACAACGUUAAAAAAUAUAGAUGUUGUAAAUACUAAAUGAAGUUAACACGAAUUCCUUCCAGGCUUAUAGGGUCCUGGCAGAAAGAGCAAACUUCAAACGUGCUGGCUUGAUUCUGUCAAGGAUGUUAAGCGAGAAAAUAGUAUUUAAGGAUGCUUAAGACCAUGCGCAGGAUAAUUUAUAUGGGAAGAAAAUGUAGAUAAAUGAAUGGACCGGCUCUGAUGCGCUGUUGAGGAAAGAACUGGGGAAACGCUUAGAUAAGAGAGAGAGCAUGAAACAAACAUAAGAGAUUAAAAUAAGUAAUUGGUACCUAUGGUAAAGUUAGUAAUUUUUAAUCACUUUAUUGCACCAAAACAAGAUAAAAAAGUAAGGCAGUUUGUUUGCCUCGAAUCCUUCAUUUGAGAAAACAUUUGGACCGAAAACGCGGUCUAAAAAUUAACAACAGUCUAAAAAUUGACAGUCAUGUUAUGAUUGCUAUUUCGUAAUUAUUCGAUUGUUAAUUUAUUACUCAUGGACACGCGUAAAGUACGGAUAAUAUAAACAUGACAAAUAGUCAUACAGGUGGCGCUAAAUUCCAUCUACUUAUCGUGACCCUGUGUCAUGGAGUUUGUCGUGUUACGAAUAAAGCUUAUAACACGGAUGACAGAUAUCUUGGACAACUUCUUCAACCACUUUCUAUAUUCAUACAAUUUAUCUUUAAUCUGUGCGCUUUUUAUAUGCAUCGUCAGCCAAACAGCGUCGUAGUCCAGGCCCAAUAGCUUAUUGUUUUUUUUCACGGUCUAUGAAUCGACAUAAACAUUCAUAUCAUUCAUCAAAUUCUAUAUUCACACUCUUAAAACAUUAAUAAGAAAAAUAAAAUUGUUAUUUUGAAUUAUUGUUUUUUGAUAUUUAUGUAUCUGAUGAACUAAUUAAAAUUCGUAUUUAUAAGAUUCAAUUAUGUUAUGUAAGAUUGUACAUAAUAUUGUAUCUAACGUCAGCGGUAAUGUGGUAAUACUUACUUGUGAAUUUACUUAGAUAUAUUUUGUAAUCAUAUUUUAAUAUUUAUCUUUUGUACAGUUUUACAUGAUCGUUUAAGAUUGUAUUUUUUAUAUAUUAAGUUGUAAUUAAGUAAUUUAUUUCAAGAACGGUACUUACAUAUAUUUCUUUUCCAAUAAAUAUUUUUAUAUACGAUUUAUUAUUACUUAAAUUAAGAAAUCCCCUCAAGCAAAAAAU